AUGGAUUCGGUGCUAUGGAGGUUAAGAAAAAGACUCUGGUGGAGGUCAAUUGGAGUGCUUGUUACAUUAGUAGAUUGCGUGCAAGACUCGAAUAUGAUGGUUGCUACAGCACCUCGCCAUGGAGCAUUCAAAUCAUUAUUAGUUAGUUUAGGUGAUAAGACUGCACCCGAUGAAGAUCGUAUCGAUGCCUACCUGACAUUAACUGAACGUUUGCGCCAUGAUGAUCAAGAUAUUCUAGUCGAUGAAAUAUGUCGAAAUGCGACAAUAUUGUGCUCUGUUGUCAAGAGAGAUAUUUUAAGCGAUCCCCGAGAACUAGCUCUGGCGUCUUUGCAAGCACUUGGCUAUUGCUUUUCUUUACCGGAUGACGUUGCAAUUGGCAUGCUAAAAGCUCUUUGCAGUGCUAUCGUCAGUACCCAUGACAAAAACAGGUGUACUAGGGCUUUAUGGUGCGUUGCAAAGCAAAAUAUAAACUCCGAUAUUGUUGCAAAUCAAGUUAGUGUUGUCCUUCCAGCCUUAGAACACGUACUGUUAUCCGGUGGCUUUCAGUCUGCAACUGUCGAAUUUGAAGCUAUGAAUGUGAUCUUAAGAUUGAUUGAACAAGUACCAAAUACAAUGCGUGCCAACGUUGCUAAAUGGGGAAUACUGGUUUAUCCAGUAAUGCUUAAUUCAGCUGUGAAAGUCGCAGAAAGAGCACUUGUUGUCAUGGAGUCAGCAUUACCAUUGCUGCUAUCAUCACAGGAAGAGUUAAUCCGCGUUCUUAUUCCAGAUCUUAAGGCCAAUUUAAUAGAUGAGAUGGGCAAAAUGAUGGCUGAAAGACGAGAAAUUAGUGCUCUACGAGCAUGGCGCUACUACAUUAUUCUAUUGGGAAAGGUUUUACAUCGAAGUGGAUCUCUUCUGAAUGAUAUGUUAAAAAUAAUGGAAAUGGGUUUUAAAAAUAAAUCGAUUGACAUUUUACUGGAAGCUUACGCUAACUGGCGACACUUUAUUGAUAGUUUUGUAUCUUAUACCGAUUUAACAACCAGCCCCAAAAAGAGAAAACUCUUGAGUACACCAAUUAUGAUUAAAUCCUCAGAAGAUACACCUCCUGUUCUAAAUGAAAGUCGUAUCUUGACUUGGUGGCAUCUGAUUAAGUCUAUGAAUAAGCAUUCACCGGCUUUAUUCAAAGAAAUUUGCCUUCCAUUAUUAAUAUAUUGCUUUGGAAGUCAGGUGACAAAUCGAGACUACAUUAAAUCGCUUGAAAGCGCGAAUGGAGAUUGUCUUCCUUCUGAUCUAACUUCUACUCCUACGAAUAAGUCCAUGCCUGGCACCCAAAGUUUCGUCCUGUCAUCGACAAGUCCACAAACGCCCCAAUUAAAUUUUAAAACUGGCCCAGGAUAUGAAAAUGUAGUUUCUUUAGGAUGUGAAGCUCUUUAUCAUUACCUAAAUGAUUCUAAGAGAAAGAGCCCCUUACGCUUCCGAUUAGAUCCACUACCUUGCAACAUCUAUGAAACUAGUGGUGAAAUAUUUUUGGAAUAUUACAAUUUAUUUUUUAACUGUAUUGUAACUGCAUCUAGAACGUUACAAAACAAGCUAGAAGAAAAUCUUCUUUCGAAAUUAUGGAUAUCCUUGAUUGACAGAUUAUCACAAGCAAUUCAAGAAAAUAAGUUUAAGAAUCAUCAAAUCCCUACUGAUUUGGUUAUGGGUGCAUUACAAUAUCUUUUAAUGGUUUUUGCACAAUCUCCAGAAACUAAUUUAACUAUUAUAGAUGCUUUUCUCACGUUGCCAAAUAUCAUAUUGACUGGUCUAAGUGAUCGGGUAUCAAAGACAGAAGAUACCAACAAGAAGGAAUGUGUAGUGAUCCUUGUUGAGAAGAUACUGUCUGAACUGAUACAAAUAACAAAUAGCAACAAUUAUUCAGAAAGGUUCAUAUCGCUUUAUAGUAAGAUCAUAGGGUUAGUUUCGGAGGGAUCUUCUAGGAACCUUGAUACUUUCGAUCGCAUUUUAUCCGUGUUAAAGGAAAGUCAAUUACAUAAAUUACAUCUUGAUCAACUAUGGACUGUCUUGGCAAAAGGACUUUUGGAAUCAGUUAGACUUACCAAUGAAGUUAAUCAGGGUGGCUUGGAACCAGUCUUCGAUUGUAUAUAUAAUGUAUUAGAAUUUCCGUUUACUUAUAUAUUAAAUUAUGAAUUGAAUCAGGAUGCAAGUAAACAAAUACUGAAGGUUUGGGAGGAAUUAUUUCGAACAUUCAUGCGUUGCUCGUCACUGAUACCAUCCGUUGAUUUAAGUGAAGUCGUACAUACACUAUGUAAGCGCCUGUUAAAAGUGGUGACAAAGGAAAAUCUAUUGGAGAAUACCUUCUUUGAUGCGACUAUGGAAACUACAUCUGUUAUUGUUGAUUGUAUGGAAUUAUCGACGGUAUCGACCAUUGUUGAUGAUGGUCGAUCCAAGACGAAUCCUAGAAAUCAAAAACAUCAUAAGCUAUCGGCGCUAAUUGAGAUGUUAAGACUUCUUACGGAAACCGUAACUUCAGCCGGAUACCGUGAGAAUAGAAGCCGGCAGAAUGAAAAUUCUUCACUUAUUGUACUGGUCAAUAUGCUAGCGCUUGUUUUUGGCCACAUCUCUGGCUCGAUUGCUAUUCGAUCGACAUUAGAAAAACUUUCACUUGGUCUAGGGCUUUUGUUAAAAGAUACGGACAAGCGGAAAAAGACGCGACAGCAUUUUCCGGUAUCUAUAUCCAACAAGGAAGGAACACUAUGUAAUUCGAAACGACAGAUACAGAAUCGUAUGCUAGUUUUCUGGAAUGCAACUUUCGCUACCUCAUCACCUCUUACCUAUCCAAUUUCAUUGCGGUCCAAGUUUACAACACUUAGGAAAACAACACCAAUCGCAUUGCCAGGAUGGGAAGAUAAUCAUGACGAAGAGGAUGACGAAUGUCAAAUUGAACAGUUCGAAGAACCAUCUCUAGCUAAUGAAGAAGUACCUAGUACCACGAUGUCAACGCCGACUCACGUUACAGGCAGCUUCUUACGCAAAGCUGCUAAAGUUGAAAGCACGAUACAACGAAUGUCACCGUUUAAGCAGGCUACGCCAGCCUCUUCUUCCAGUCGAGGCCAGAAAGAUGGACGAUUUUCUCCACAUGCUUCUUCAGCUCGAAGAAAAUUACCUUUAUCAGUGGACGAUGAAAUGGAGGGAUUUGUAGCAAUUCCUCCUUCACCUAAGAAGCCCAGACUUUUAACGGAGCAUCAGAAAGAUGUAUUAGAAACUAGAAAAGAGCACCCAGCAAUGUACAACGGAUUAGAUCAGUCUCAAGAUGGUACAAGUAUGACCGAAAUGAUGGAUUCGGAGGAAAUUGUAAGCAUCAAUGAAGUCACUCGAGCGUUACAGCCUCAAACAUUGAAGAAUGAUGCUGAUGGGAAAUUAGGUGUAAACGAUUCACUCGUAGUCAUUCUGAAAGAAUGCGACACUCAUUCAGUUGGGGUAAAACAACAAGAAAAGGAUGGAUCGACUACAACGAUAAAAGAUAACUCAGUGAAAGUUGUACCAGAGUCGCCUGUUAAAUCGAAGGAGGGUAUUGUUGAAUCAGCAAAAAAUGAAAAGAACUCGGAAAUACAACGUGGUAACUGCAGCAGUUAUCCUACAAGUGAAACGCUAUUAUCAUCCGAUGUAACAGAUCAUGAAGACGGUAAAGCUGCACUUAGUGGCGGCAACAAUCUACGAAUGGAAAUCGAUGCAAGUACAGAUAUUACGCCGAAAGAAAAUAAUAUCCAGUUUACUUUUCCAAGUGCAAACCUUAAUUCUCCUGUACAAAAACGCCCUCCAAUACCUUUUUCUCCCAAAACCUCGCCAACUGGUAUACUAAAGCGAUGGAGUAGCUUAGAUUCUCCUUCGCCUUCUGGAAAAGCACGUCGCGUUACUUUUGCUAUUCCUUCUGAGACUAAAACUAGCCAUGACGAUAUCAGCGUUAACGGAUAUACGACUACUUCCGAUAUCCAAGAUAAGAAAAAUAUUGUUAUAUCUCCAGUAGCACCAAUUAACAUCAAAGAUAAUGCUGUUAACGCCAGCCCUUCGACACCGAUAUCGAAAUAUCAAGAUAAAAUUUUAAGUAAUAACUGUAUAUUUCCUGACCUAGUAGAAUGCCAAGAGCCAAUAAAUCAAGUUUUACCAUCCUUGAUGUCGUCAUUAUCUUGUUCAAGAGGACUAGAACAACUUGUACGUGCUAUGAAUAUUUGUACAGUAGGCGAUUUAUGUUCGUUAUCCGAAAAUCAAGUCCAGUCUUUACCUAUUCGAUCCCCCAAAAUUCCUAAUAUUAAAAACGCUUUAAGGAAAUUUCAAAAUUUACAGGAUACUAAGACAAUAGUUAAAUCUAAUGGAAAAAUCGUCUUAACUGAAACUGAUGAAGGUAAUCAAGAGACUGAUCAAUCUGUUGUUCCUGCUGCAUUUCGAAGCAUUAGUCAUGAAUCGGACGAUUUAUCAGUCUCUUUAAAUGAAAGUGAACUAAGUGGUGAUACUAAUGAAAUUAUCAAAGGCAAAGAAAUCCAGAAUGACAGCAUCACGAAAGAUCACAUGAAUCAAGAUAAUAACUGUAACGAUAGUAAUGAUGUAGUAAAAAAUGAUGAUAACGAUGCUUGCAAAAAUAAUUCGGACACUGAGGUAAACCUAGGCCGCGAGCAAUAUGAAGCUAGGCGUGAAAGCGAAGAUCAAUAUCGAAGUAUAGAAAAUGACAAUUUGCAAGAGCGUACGGUUGUAGAUUUAACACAAUUAUUGCGAGAUCAUUUUGAUCGUGGCGAAUUGAAUACGUUAACACCUGAACAAUUAUUAAAAGUUUAUGGAGAUCUAAAUGUUUUAAUUAGUCAAAUUCAAUAUUCUCUUAAAGUUAAAAUGUCUUAA